AGCUAUGAAAAACAUAUAAAUAAUCAGUUACUGAUUCUCACGUUUCACAUUCUUCACAUCUCUUUCCUUGAAUCUGACUCAAACCCUUCCAAAUCUCUGAAACGCCCAUAUCAAAUCCUUUUUCUUUUCCUUUUCUUUUUUAGUUUUUUUUUUUUUAUAUUGCAAGAAAACGCCCUUUUUCAUUGCCAGCCAUGACUGAGGUCCUCCACUCCCCAUCCCAUUUUCCUUCAUCUGCAAGCACCACUCCUCCUUCUUCCUCUUCUCGCUCCUCACCUUGUGCGCCCCGCUCCAAUGGUUCCUGCCUUCAUCUUACCAUCCCCCAUCGCCAUAGCCAACAGAUUUCGCGUAUAACAGGAGAAGAAGUUAACCCUGAGGAUUGUAGAGUUACUGGGCUCUCUUUGUUGGCUCUUUUCGUCACCCUUUUAAGGAAAUCUCUGGUUGCUUGCAAGAGUGACAGGAGGGAGCUCUGCCGGAUGGAGAUCGGCUGGCCAACCAACGUGCGCCAUGUGGCUCAUGUCACCUUCGACCGGUUCAAUGGGUUCCUGGGCUUGCCUGUUGAGUUUGAGCCUGACGUGCCCAGAAGGGCCCCCAGUGCAAGUGCAACUGUCUUUGGGGUUUCCACAGAAUCCAUGCAAUUAUCAUAUGACUCCAGAGGGAACAGUGUUCCCACAAUUCUAUUGCUAAUGCAAAGACACUUGUAUGCUCAAGGAGGUUUGCAGGCAGAAGGUAUUUUCAGAAUUAAUGCAGAAAACAGUCAAGAAGAGUUUGUAAGGGAUCAAUUAAAUAGAGGAGUUGUACCAGAAGGCAUUGAUAUACAUUGUUUAGCAGGACUUAUCAAGGCUUGGUUCAGAGAACUCCCAACUGGGGUCCUGGAUUCGUUAUCACCCGAGCAGGUAAUGCAAUGCGAGACAGAAGAGGACUGCACUGCACUUGUGAAUCUUCUAUCCCCGACAGAAGCAUCUCUACUGGAUUGGGCCAUCAAUCUGAUGGCUGAUGUUGUUCAGCAAGAACAUCUCAACAAAAUGAAUGCACGUAACAUUGCUAUGGUUUUUGCACCAAACAUGACUCAAAUGGCAGAUCCUUUGACUGCACUGAUGUAUGCAGUCCAAGUGAUGAACUUUCUCAAGACACUUAUCUUAAGGGCAAUGCGAGAACGACAAGAUUCUGUUCUGGCAUCCCAUUUUGAGCCCCCUGAUGACAGUGAGGACCAAAGCCCUUCACAGUCUUGUAUCCAAUAUACUGAAAGAGAUAAUGAAGAGAUAGAACAUGUUUUUGUUGAUGGAGUACCUGCCAUAGAAGCUGUUUCUUACUCUCUUCCUAACAGUAGUACAGGCAAUGAAGAGGUACCUUUCACUGUAACCUCUGGUGUAAAGCAGAUGGUUGAUGGAGAUCAGUCAAUGGAAAAUCCAGAUGAAGUUGGCGACACCUUUGGCAAAGUAGGUACGGAUGUAAAUGAAAUGAAAGAAGCUAGUAAAGGAACCUUCAUAAAUAACAAGUUUGGUCAAUCAAGUGAUUCAGGUCUCAAACAGGGAAACAAAAAAUUCAGUUUACAGCCACCUAUGCUUUGCAUUCCAGUGCCGGUUGAGAAAGCCAAAAGAAUUCGCAAUUUAAGCCGUAUAAAUUCUCGAAUUGAGCGGAUUGAAGCUUGGCGAUGAUGAUGACUACGACAAGGUGACUGUCUGUGUAAGUUUGAUCUGGAAGUGAGGAGAACUUUCGUGGAGUUUUCCUGUUUGUUUCUGUGUGCUGAGUGGUUUUUGCUUAACCUCUUCUAAAUCCUUAACAUGACGUAAAAUUAUCUGCUCUUCAGAAGAGUGCCAUCUGUUGUCAUUAAUUUUGGCGUUUGAUGUU